AUGGUUUCAUUCACUACAUUCCUUAUUGCCUCUUUGGCCGGUGCUUCCCUUGCAGCUCCGACUAAAGCCCCUCUUGCUAAGCGCUCCAACUCGAAGAAGGGCAUUUCUUACAACGAUGCCAGUCUGGUCAGUCUCUUCUCUGAUGGCUCCUGGGCAUAUAACUGGGAUAUGUCGGUCGGAGGAUCUCUGCCUAGUGGUGUCGAAUACGUGCCCAUGUUUUGGGGGACUGGUUCUGAGAGCGGCUGGGAUGCUGCUGUCCAGACAGCCCUCGCUAGUGGAAGCACUCAUCUUCUCGGCUUCAACGAGCCCGAUCUCUCGAGUCAGUCCAACAUCGAUGCUGCUACCGCCGCAGCCUUGUACAAACAGUACAUCACCCCUUACGCCAGCCAAGCUACACUUGUCACGCCGGCCGUGACUAACGGCGGUGCCCCAAUGGGUCUGACCUGGAUGGAGCAAUUCCUUACCGACUGCAACGGUGAAUGCGGUGUCACUGUCAUGGCCUUCCACUACUAUGCCGACGACAACGUCUCCAACUUUGAAAACUACGUCAACCAAGCCAUCUCUACUGCCGCCAGCUACGGUAUCUCUGAGGUCUGGAUCACCGAGUUCCAGGCUACCGGCGUUAGCGACGAUGCUCAGGCGGCCUUUAUCAAUUCAGUUGUGCCGUGGUUGGAUCAGCAACCUGCUGUUGGGCGCUAUUCUUACUUUUAUGCUGCUGAUGGCUACUUGACCAGUGGUGGCGCCUUGAGCGAGACUGGUUCCGCCUACAACAGUGCCGAGUAG